AUGCCACUUUCGUUUGAUUGGCCAUUUCCAGAAAGACCAUCAAUAUUUUACAAGGCAGCUUCGACGUUAACCAUUGGUCUUGUUGGAUCACUUAGCAAAUUUUGGAUGAGUGAAAUUCUUCUCGAUGCUGUAUUAAAUCGAGAUCCAGACCGACCAUUAAUUACUGUAGCGAAUCAUCAUUCGUGUAUGGAUGAUCCGUUGUUGAUCGGAGCUACGAUGCCACUUCGUAUUUUUUGGAAUCGUCAUCGAAUGCGUUGGUCUUUGGGUGCUGAUGAUAUUGUAUUUACAAUGAGAAAACAUCAACUUUUUUUCAGUUUGGGUAAAACAAUACCAGUGACACGAGGUGAUGGUGUUUAUCAACGGCCUAUGGAUUUCGCUCUCAAACAAGUUAACCAAGGUGGAUGGAUACAUAUCUUUCCGGAAGGAAAAGUUAAUUUAACAAAAGAACCCAUGAGACUUAAGUGGGGUGUUGGUCGACUUAUUGCUGAAGCUAAUAUUUGUCCAUUGGUUGUUCCAUUAUAUCAUCUCGGAAUGGAUUCUGUAUUACCCAAUGAAGAGCCUUAUACUCUUCAAAUGCGGAAAAAAGUGACUAUUUAUGUUGGUGAACCAUUAAUCUUCGAUGAGCUUGUACAAAGAAUGAAAAAAGAAAAUCGAUCACUGCAAGAAAUACGUAAAGCUGUAACUGAUAUAAUUCAACACGAAUUAUAUAAACUUAAGAUAAAAUGUGAAGAACUACAUCGACAUCAUCUAUCCAGCGAUUCUUCGUCGCCAUAG